AUGUCUUGUGAUUAUUACAAAUCAGAUAUGGAUUGUAUUAAAAAUAACAGUAUAAAAUGCAGAUGGAAUGAAAUAACAAGUUAAUGUUAAUAUACAGAUGGACUCAAUUUUGGAUGUUCCAAUUUGCUUAGUUAUCAAACUUGUAUUGCCUAAACAUAUUAUCCUGAUGGUACAUUGGCAGAAUGUAAAUGAAAUUGAUGAAAAUCAUAGGCAUUUUCAGUGGGUAUUGUCGUAAGGUUGCAACCUUAUUAAGCAAUUGUUCAAAAAAUCUAUCCAGAGCAGCUUGUUUAUCAGUAUAAGAAGACUAUUGUUUUUGGAAUGAUAGUUGUUAAACGAUUUCUGAAGUUGAAGCUAACAAUAUUGCUAUAAGUGCAUCAGAUUCAAUUCAAUUAGCAAGUGUAAAGGUUUGUCGUCUUAUAACGACAUAAGAAGGUAAUAAGUAAGAAUAAAGAGUUAAGUUCUUCAUUAAUCUGGAGUCCAUGUAGUUUUAACUGGAUUGUACAAGACUUCCCUAAUGGGUAUUCAAGCAAACACAUAUAAAAAUCUGAUGUUAGUUCCUGGUUGUGUAAAACCUCCAGAUAUUGUAUAUCAAUAUUUAAGAUGUUCAGCUUCAGGUUUAAAUAAAUUAGGAUGUAUAAAAAUAGAGACUGAAAGUUGUAUUUUUUAAAAUGGCAUAUGUUAAUUAGUUGAAUUUACUGAUUAACUUAAAUGUUCUGAUGCUUUAAAUAAAUUGGCAUGCUUAUCAGUUACUAAUUUAGCAGAAACUUGUUAUUGGUCUUCAGGAUAAUGUUAAUAUAAAACAGUUACAUUAUAAGAUGAUUGUUCUUUUGAUAUAUAAGUAUCACCUAGUGUCUGUGCAAAUGUAUCCAAAAUCUCAUGUUAUUUUGAUUCCUAAACUAAAAAAUGUAAUUCAAUGUGUAAAUCACAAAGUAAUAUGAAAACAGAAACAAGUUGUAGAUAAAGCUCUUCUGGUUGUAUGUGGAAUGAUUAAUAUGGAUGUCUUUUUGAUGAUAAUAAAGAAUGUGGAAAGUUAGGGUAAAAUAAAUUAUCAUGUAAUGAAGCUAUUUAAUAGUGUUAAUUUCUUAAUGGAUAAUGUUUAUUAAUUAACUCACUAGAUCAACUUAAAUGUACAAGUGGCUUAAAUAAAAUUAGUUGUUUGAAUUUGAAAAAUCCUAGUCAAGUUUGUUAUUAUGAUGGUUUACAAUGUAGUAUCUAUUAAGUUACUCCUGAAACUAUGUGUUAAGAUCUUACUUCUCAUAAUCCAAAUGCUUGUCGAAAAGUUACAACCGAAGCAUGUUAUUGGAAAGAUGGUUUAUGUAAAACUACUGAUGGUUCUUUAACUUGUCAAUAAGAAGGACUUAAUAGAUUAGGUUGUCUUAAUAGUACAAUGUCUUCUUGUAAAUGGAAUGAACUUUCAGGAGUAUGUACAUCAAUUACUAUUAAAAGAAGUGAUGAAUGUUCUACACUUAAAUUAGUUAAUGCUGUUGCUUGUAGAAUGGUCAAUCAUAUCAUUAAUUUAUCAUCUUAACUUUGCAAAUAUAAUUCUGAAACCAAUAGUUGCUAAACUUUUGUCAUGACUGAUGAUAUUACUUGUGAUACUAUUGGACUCAAUUAAAAGGCUUGUUCUAGUAUAACCAAAUCAUCAUUAAGUUGCCGAUGGUUGUCCAAUCAAUGUGCUACUGUUUAAAGUUUAGGUGGAGCUGUUACCUGUUCUUCGCUUUAAAGUGUUACUUCUAAAACCUGUGCUAUGGUUUAAUAGGUUGUGGAAAAAUGUAGAUAUGAUUCUAAUGUCUAAAGUUGUUCUGCCUCUGUUGAUCCAAGUACUUAAUGUACUGCUUCUGGAUUGAAUCCUUAUGCUUGUGCUUAUUUGAGAUCAUCCUGUUAUUUUGAUACGUUUAACAAUAGAUGUACUACAGCUACUGAUUUUACAAAUAUAAGAUGUGAUACAAAUUUCCCUUCAAAAUCCACUUGUUUAUCUAUAACUUUAUAAGGAUAAUAUUGUAUAUGGAAUUCAAUUGAUUCUAUUUGCUAAUUAUAGGCAUUUCCAGUCUCUAAUGAAUGUUCCAAAUACAAAAAUGUGAAUAAAUAGUUUUGUUUAGCCUAUGAAAUCAGUCAAUCAAAGUGGGUUGGUACAAAUAAUUUUUGCACAUAUGAUAGUACAAAUUAACUUUGUUAGUUAUAUACAAGUGCAUCUGACUGGGCUGAUUGCGGAAGCACUCUUGAUAUAAAUUUACAUGCAUGCAUAAGGUUUUCAAAUAAAUCUCUUAAUUGUUAUUUUGAUAUAACUUCUUUAAAAUGUUAAGAAAUAACUGCAAAUAAUGAUCCAUUAUUAAAUACUCUAUAAUGUAAAUAAUGUGGUUUUAAAUUAUGUUCAAGUAUUACAACAUCAAAAUAAUAUUGUUAAUGGAUUAAAUCAGAUGAUGAUACAAAAUGUAAAUUACUUUCCACAGGAGCAGAAUGCAGUAGUUAUGUAAAUGAAAUAGUCAAUGCGAAUACUUGUGCUAGUACAAAAUCAGUAUCAAGUUGCAAGUUUAAUACAAGCACAAAUAAAUGUGAGUUAAUUAAUAAUUCUGAAAAUACAUUAUCUUGCAAUACAAGUGGAUUGAACGAAUAAGCUUGUAUUACAAAUACUAGUGGUGCAUGCUAUUUUGAUAAGAAUGAAUAUAAAUGUUAGGAAGUAACAAAUAAUACAGCAAGACGUAUAAACUGUAAUGAUUCAGUAAAUCAAUUGGGAUGUUUGGCAUCAUAGAGAGAAGCUUGUUAUUGGGAUACAGGUGAUCGAAAAUGUAAGAAUGUGACAGAUAUAAAAUAUGAUUAAGAGUCCUGUUCAUCUUUGAAUACUCGUUUAUAUAAUGCAAUAGUAUGUGCAAUGGUAAGUAAAUCAAAUGAAAUGUGUGAAUAUAAUGCUGUUACAUUCCAUUGUGAUUCAAUAUCAAUGAAUUCAAGUUGUAAAGUAGGAUAGAAUGAGACAGCUUGCGAAUAGAAUUCCAGUUGUGAUAUAUUCAAUACUCGUGAUUAUAUAUGUUAAUCCAAACCAUCUCCUCCAUAAAGUGAUUGUAAUAAUAAGAAUACGGAUAAUGAUUGUAUAGGAGUAACAACAUCAACUUGUGGUUGGUUUAAUAAUAUAUGUGUAAGUAUUAAAGUAGAUGAAAAUACAUAAUGUAAUUAAUUUAAUCUAGCUUCUGGAGGCAAGGUUAAUUCGAUAAUCUGUUCUUAAAUAUAAUCAUCAAGUUGUGGUUAUGACACUACUAACAAAGUAUGUAUAAGCAUAGAAACAAAUAAUAAUCCUUGUAAUACUUCAGGCUUGAAUAGAAAAGCUUGUAUUUAAAAUACAAAAGGUUCUUAUUGUGAAUUUAAGCAGAAUAGAUGUUAGACAAUUAAUUAAAUAAGUAUGAUAGAUUAAGAAUUGGAGAAUUUGAAUGAAGAUGCAUGUAUUAAUGUUUAAUAAGUACCUUGUUAAUUUGACAAAACAGAUAAAAAAUGUUCUGAAAUAUCAGAAAGUACUCUUAUGGAUUUCACUUGUUAAAGCUAUUCAGAUCCAAGUAAGAAAAUAGUGAAUGGUUUAACAUGUUCAUAUGCUAAUUCUACUUCCUCAUGUAUUUACGAUACAUAAAAUUCUGUUUGUAAAUAAGAUACUACUCCAUUACCAUUGUGUAACUCUAAUUCUACAAUAAACUCUGUAUACUGUCUUAAUUAUAUUUCUUAAUAAACUUGCAAAUUCUCAUCUGAUACUUGUAGUGUUAUAACUUCAAUGAAUUUGGAAUGUUAAAAGGCUGAAUCAUUUAAACAAUGUAUUAAUAGUAGAAUUUCUGCAUGUUAAUGGUCAAAUAAUAAAUGUUAAUAAUUUACACCAAACGUAGAUUGUACAUCAUUAACUAAUAUAAAUUCAUAUGCUUGUAUGCAAAAUAAUUACUAAACUUAGAAUUGUUAAUUUAAAGAUAAUGGAUUAUCAUCAUAAUGUAUAAUACCAACAAAUACAUUAUAACCAUGUGAUGGUUUAAAUAAAAAUGCAUGUCUUGCCAACACAGCAAAUUCCUGUUAUUAUUAUAAAAUUUGCAUUGAUAUAACAACUUCUCCAUAUGAAGCUUAAUGUAUAAGUUAAUAUUCAUUUACUUAAUCUGCAUGUAUUAGAAUAUAAACUCCUAAAUAAUUAUGUAAAUGGGAUAAUGGAUCUUGUAUUGCAUUUACUAUUUAAUCAUCUGAUUUAUGUAGUUUAUAUUCUGCAAAUAUUUAUUCUCCAUAAGUGUGUGCAUCUAUAGUAACUUAAUCUUGUUAUUGGAAUAAUGGAUGUGUUACAGAUAAUGCACCAAAUUGUAAUUCAAUGGGAGCCAAUUAAAAAGCAUGUGUUGGAGCAUUAUCAGGUAAUUGUAUAUUUACAAAUAAUUUAUGUCUUGAUGUUCUAAUUAAUGAUGUUACAUCAUCCAAAUGUAGUGAUCCUUCAAAUAAAAAUGGUUGUCUUUCGUUAUAUAAUGGAGAAUCUUGCCAAUGGAUUAAUAAUGUUUGUACUUAAAUUACUGUUAAUAAUAAUUGUUUAUCAUAUUCUCAAGUAAAUCCUGGAGUGUGUUCAUAAACUACAGAUAUUGCUUGUACUUGGAAUUCAAAUUCAUGUCAAUAAGUUACUAUUACUUCUAAUUAUUGUGACUAAGGAAUGAAUAAGUUAGCAUGUGUCAAUUAUACUUCAGCUUAAUGUUAUUAUAUAGAUGGAAUGUGUGAAUAAGUUACUGAUUAUUCACAACUAAAUUGUACUAGUAACUUAAAUCAAAAAGCAUGUAUUUCUCACACUUCAAAAUGUUGUCAAUGGACAUCUAAUUAAUGUGUAGAUUCUAGUUAUUUAAGCACUUGUAAUAGUAUGUCUAAUUUAUCUAAAUAUUGUUGUCAAUAAUAAAUUGGAGAUAAUUGCACUUAUUCUUCUUCUUGUACAUAAUUACUUGUUCAAAAUUCGAAAUGUCAAGAAGCUAUUAAUAAAACAGCAUGUUUAUGGAUAUUAUAACCAUGUGAAUGGGAUCCAAUCCAUUUAUUAUGUUCGCCUGUAUCAAGAUCAUUUGGAUGUCUAUAAAAUCUUAAUAUUGCUGGUUGUGUUACUUAAGAUAUCUUUUGCAUGUAUGAUGAUAUUAAUUAAGAAUGUAUUCCUGGUAAUACUUCAUCUUGUAUUGACUUAAAAUACUCUUCUUUAUCUGAAACUUAAUGUCUUGAUGUUAUUGAUGUUGGUUGUACUUAAAAUAAUAAUCGAUAUGGUUGUUCAUUAACAGGAAUUAAUGCAUAAUGUUAAAAUAGAAUUAAUAAAAUAGCAUGUCUAGAUAAUAUUAAUAAUUGUUUUUGGGAUAAAGAUGAAUAAACAUGUAAAAAUAUGAAUGCUAAUAAUAAAUAACCAUUUUGUCCAGGAAUUAGAGAAGAUGAAGUUAGUAGAGGAUACUGUUCUAAUUUUACAGGAUGUAGAAUAGAUUCCUCUAAUUAAUGUGUGGAUAUUGAAAAGAAUAAUACUCAAUGUGAUUUAUUAAAUUCUAUCUCUUCCUAAAAUAGUGUUUUCUGUUAAUCAUCAACCCUUGCGGGUCCUUGUUAGUAUAAACCAAACGAAUUAAGAUGCAGUAGUUAAAUUACAGGAAAAGUAUGUGAAGAUAAAGUAAAUAUAAUUGGAUGUUAAUAUAUUGAAGAAAAUUGUAUCUGGAAUAAUGGUUCAUGCAAAAUUGCUGCUCCAGAUACAAUUUACAGAAAUUGUUCAGAAAUUACAUCUAAAUAUACUUGUCUACGUAAUGUAUCUACUGCUUGUAUAUGGGAUUCCAAUAAACACUUAUGUGUUAACUAUUCUGGUGAUAUGAAAAGUUGUUCUUAAUAUGUAAAUCUUACAAUAUCUCCAGGAAUUUGCUAUUUCUUUUCAACCGAUUAUUGUGCAUAUAAGGAAUCCAAAUGUUAUCUUGAAAGUGAAUAAUCAGUUUGCGAUCAAUCAUUAAGUCCUUUAGGAUGCUAAAAUAAUAAAUCAAAUAAUUGUUAUUGGAGCAUUUAAUUAGGUAAAUGCCUAUAAUUAACUGAUGAAAAUUUGGCUAAGGAUAAAACUUGUCCAUUAUUUAAAUAUUCUUAAAAAAGAUUUUGUAUUGCACCUAUUAAUGAAGGAUAAAUUUGUCAUUGGACUUCUAAUUAAUGUAGAAGUGCUGAUACAUAUGGAGUGAAUUGCACUUCUGAACUAUCAUUAUAUGGAUGCUUAGCAGUAGCCAAAGAAAAUGAAAAAUGCAUAUACAAAGAUAAUAAAUGCUAAUACAUUGAUAAUUUUAUUAUUUCUUGUCAAGAUCAACUAAAUAUAUAUGGCUGUGUAAAUGUAACAUAAGAAGGACAAUUUUGUAAAUGGUUAGGUCAAUAAUGCAGUUCAUUAACUGAUUCUGAUUAUGAAUUUACAAUAGAUCAUCAUAUCCUUAUUAAUUAACAUGUAUGCAGAAGAGCAUAUACAAUGAAAGAUAGUUCUAUCCAAAAUUUAUAGAAUGUUUCAGUCAAGUAUGAUAAUAUUAAUUACAUCUGUAUUUUUGCAGAUAAUUAAAAUGAUUUGUGUGAUACUCCAGGAUUGAAUUAUUUUGGAUGUUUAAGUACAAAGGCAGAUAGAUGUGAUUGGGUUAAUAAUAAAUGUGUAAAAUACAGUGAUAGUAUAGAAUACUCAACUUGUGAAUAAUAUCAAACAGUAUCACCAAAAGUGUGUUCUUCAAUUACUUUAAAUAACAUUAAAUGUUAUCAUGAUAGUGAAACAUUAUCUUGUAAAACUUUUGUUGAAACAACAUUAGUGUUUGUGAAUUUUGUAAGUACUUUAAAUGGUUUAAAUAAAUAAGCUUGUCUUAGUAUCACUCAAUAACCAAGUAUUUGGUUGGAUGAAAAAUGCUAAUUCAAUAGAAUAAUUAAUGGAGUUACUUAAUGUAACCAAUUAAAAAAUGUAAAUGCAGUUUCAUGUUCAUUAGUUGAUGUAGAUGAAGUUAUAUGUAAAUAUUUAUCAGAUGGUUAAUGCACAUCAAUUUUUGAUUCUAAAAUUGAUACUUGUAAAACUAUAGGACUCAAUAGAUUAGGUUGUGUUUUAGUAGAGAAUGAUAAAUGUUAAUUUGUGGAUUACAAAUGUUAAUAUUAUGAUGGAGAUACUUCUGUGUGCAAUAAUUUGAUUAAUGUAAAUAAAAAUGUUUGUAUAGCCUUAAACACAUAAGGUUGUAAAUUUAGUUAUCUUUCUAGAGGUUGUGUUGAUGUAUAUUCUAAUGAUAAAUGUGAUGCUCCUGGCCUAAAUCAAAUAGGAUGUCUACAAUUACCAAAUUGUAAGUAUAUAAAUUCUGAGUGUUUUUGCUCUGGAUUGACUUAACUCUAUGAUAUAAUAGAUUGUACAAUUUACACAAUGUAAAAUUGUACUGCUUCUUAAUGCAUUUUUGAUUUAUAAUAGAGUAAAUGUAGAGUCAAAAAUUGCAACGAUAUUUCUUUAGAUCUAUGUGAAUCAACCAAAAUAAAUCAAUAUUAAUGUUAUAAAAAUAAAUCAUAAUGUCAAGCUGCUCGUAAAUGUUCUGAUUUAUUCAAUGUUUCUGAUUGCACUAAAUUUACAAUUAAUAACAAAAAAUGUAAUAUUGACUUGUACAAUUAAAAUCACUGUAUUGAAUAAAGUUGUAUCCAUCUCACUUAAGAUUAAUGUAGUGGAAAUUGCAUGUGGUCUUAUUAUGAAUGUUAAAUUAAGUAAUGCACUUACAUGAAAAAAGAAGAAUGUACUGGCUCUAUUAACAAUGAAUAAUGCAUUUGGAAUGAUAAUUAAUGUAUUGGUAUAAGUUCCUGUUAAGAAUUCAUGCAAUAUAUAAGUGAAGAUACUUCUAAAGAGAAUGCUUGUAAUUAAUAAUAAAUUGCUGGAAAAUAAUGUUAUUGGUUAUAAAUACAAUCUUUCAGCAAUAAAUAUUCUUGUAUCUCAUCAUUAUGUUUAUAAUUUGGUUCAAGUGCCAAUAAUUGUAAUGGAUCAGAAAUCCAAUCCUAAUUGUGUGUUCUAUUACCAAAUAAUCAAUGUAUUUCUUGUUAUGAAAUUAAUGAUCCUUGCACAUGUAUGAAUAUGGGAAAUUAUUGUUAUUAUAAUUCUAAAAGUGGAUGUCAGUCCAAUCUAUGUUAAUAUAUGGAUUAUUCUCAAUGUUUGCAAUCUUCUGAUAGAUGUACAUAUCUUGAUAACUCUUGCAAACAAAUAUGUUCUAAAUUAUAAAUGGAAUAAUGCAAACAAAGAACCAAUGAUUGCCAUUGGAACUCGAAUAUAUUAUUAUGUCAAGAUGGAGCUGAAACAGAAGCUUCUAUCAAUACAAUAUCAGAUGUUAUUGAUGUAGAAACCAUAUAAUCAUCAUUAUUGAUUACUGCAGCAUCAAUUAUAGUAUUCCUUUAUUAAUGA